AUGUUGCUUCCGAAGAAGCAUGCACUUGUGGAAAAGUUGAUACUUCAUAAACAUCUAUCUUUGUCUCAUGCCGGGAUACAUAUAUUAAUCUCCAAACUUCGGAAAAAAUUUUGGAUUAUCAAAAGCAGAUCAACUAUCCGAGGAGCUUUAUCUCGAUGUGUUAGAUGCAGAAGGCCUGAAGCUGAAGGACUGCAGACAGUGCCAACUACUCUGCCCGAAAAUAGAGUUAGAGAUGCUAAGAUUUUCGAAAUUGUGGAAGUAGAUUUAGCCUGUCCGCUAGUUUUGAAAAACAAGAGUAAAGCCUGGAUCAUACUUUUUACUUUUGCUGUUUUCAGAACGGUUCAUUUGGAACUGAUUUUGACCCUCUCUACUCAGGGAUUUUUACUUGCAUUUAGAAAAUUUAUUGCGUGUAGAGGGUGGCCAUCAAUAAUUUACAGCGAUUAUGGUAAUAAUUUUGUUGGAUCCAAAGAUCUUUUUGAGUCAAUUGAUUGGAAUAUCGUUGGAAGGGAAGAUGCCAUACUUAAGAUACGCUGGAAGUUUAGCCCAUCAGCAACACCAUGGUGGGGAGGUUUUUGGGAACGACUUGUGCAAAUGAUUAAGAAACUUUUAUGUCGUAUCUUGGGCCAGGCGUCUUUAAACUAUGAAGAGUCAAUGAGUGUGUUGUGCGACUGCGAAUCAACUGUGAGUUCCAGACCCCUUACAUAUGUGAGAGGGGACAUAUGUGAGAGGGGAUCUCAUUCCUUUGACACCGUCCUUGUUUUUAUGUGA